AGUGGCAAUGCCCUCUAUGACUCUAGCCGUGGUUAGAAGGAUCAGGUUAUCUCCAUUUGCAGCUGGCCAAGAGAUAAGAGUUGCUUAAGGUCGCAGCUAGCAAACACCAGAGCUGGUGCUUCCACACAGCUCUCUGCCUCCGAGCCCGACUGUCCACUGCUUACUACGAGAAACCCCGAACUCUUGAUAUUUUUGUUUAUCUGGUAACUUCAAAAGUGAAAACAGACCUUUUCUAAGAAGGCUGGCCUUUGCUUGUUUGACUGGGCAGGGCUGAUCUGGGCACCAGGAAGAGCUGGUGCCCCUGCCCUGUGCACAAGAAGAAAGGAAGGUGGAAGGGAGAUCGAAGCAGAGUGAGAGAGAGCUCGUUGGACCACAAUGAAACCCAUCCUUCUGCUAGUGUUGGUGCUCCUGGACCUGGCUCAGGCCCAAGGAGGUCUGCACAGGGUGCCCCUCAGAAGGCAUCAGUCCCUCCGGAAGAAGCUACGGGCCCAAGGCCAACUCUCAGACUUCUGGAAGUCCCACAACUUGGACAUGAUCCAAUUCACUGAGUCCUGUAGAAUGGAUCAGAGCACUGACGAGCCCCUCAUCAAUUACCUGGAUAUAGAAUACUUCGGCACUAUCUCCAUCGGCACCCCGCCACAGAACUUCACCGUCAUCUUUGACACCGGCUCCUCCAACCUCUGGGUCCCAUCUGUGUACUGCACCAGCCCAGCAUGCAAGAAGCACUCGGUGUUCCAUCCAUCCCAGUCCAGUACAUACAUGGAGGUAGGAAGUCGUUUCUCCAUCCAGUAUGGCACCGGGAGCCUGACAGGAAUCAUCGGCGCUGACCAAGUCUCUGUGGAAGGGCUGACUGUGGAUGGCCAGCAGUUCGGAGAAAGUGUCAAGGAACCUGGCCAGACCUUUGUGAAUGCGGAUUUCGAUGGGAUUCUGGGCCUGGGAUACCCCUCCUUGGCUGCCGGAGGGGUGACCCCAGUGUUUGACAACAUGAUGGCCCAGAACCUUGUGGCUCUGCCUAUAUUUUCUGUCUACUUGAGCAGUGACGCACAAGGUGGCUCAGGCAGUGAGCUCACUUUUGGAGGCUACGACCCUUCUCAUUUCUCUGGGAGCCUCAGUUGGAUCCCAGUCACCAAGCAAGGCUACUGGCAGAUUGCCCUGGAUGGAAUCCAAGUGGGAGACACUGUGAUGUUCUGCUCUGAGGGCUGCCAGGCCAUUGUGGACACAGGGACCUCCCUCCUCACUGGCCCCUCAGACAAGAUCAAAGAGCUUCAAGAGGCCAUUGGGGCCACACCCAUGGAUGGAGAAUACGCCGUGGAUUGUGCCAACCUCAACACGAUGCCAAAUGUUGCCUUCCUCAUCAACGGCGUUUCAUACACCCUCAGCCCAACUGCCUACAUCCUGCCGGACUUGGUGGAUGGAAUGCAGUUCUGCGGCAGUGGCUUUCAAGGACUUGACAUUCCUCCUCCAGCCGGGCCCCUCUGGAUCCUGGGGGAUGUCUUCAUUCGACAGUUUUACUCCGUCUUUGAUCGUGGAAAUAACCAAGUGGGAUUGGCUCCCGCAAUCCCCUAAAUAAGGAUGUAUGUGACAUGUAUGGACACCUGAUACCCUUUUAACCUGUUAGGUCUCUUUGUAACUAUCAAAGCCAUUUUCAGGAUGUAACCAGGCCAGAGUAUUCAGGCCAAGCGAAGUAUGAGAGGGCACACACAGCCUCCCACAAAUGCCCAUGCAGACACACGCAGCCUUCCACACAUCACACACACACA